CAUAAAUUACUAUAAAUGAGUUAACACUGUAAAGUGAAUGUAAACUGGAAGAAGAAGAAUAUAGUUUAUAAAUGAAAAAAUAAUUUAGUAUAGGAAACAUGCUUUUAUAUGAGAAAAGGCAAAAAUAUAAACUACUUGUAGAAAAACUACUAAGUCGUUGCCAAGAAAUACAAACGGAAAAUGAACGCUGUGUAAUAAGAGUCAAUACAAUAAAAAAGUUAAUACGUCGUCGCGUACGAGAUGUGGAACUACUAAAGAAAUGUCUAGAUCGUCAUAAUGACAUCUGGCGUUCGUUACCUAUGGUGGCUCCUCAUCCUAAAAGAAAAAUCGAACAAAAACGUGGGCCUAAACCAAAGAAUAAGGAUCCCAGCAAUCAGCAAAAAGAGAAGAAAGUGCGUAAACAAAGAAUGAAGAAGAUCACCGAUGAACCGAGUAAGCCCUCAGAUGCCAACAAUGUUAACCCAAGUUUUAGUGUGGUUCAGGGAAUAGAAGAAACGCGAUUGUACGAAAGUCACGCUCAACAAUUGCUCAUGAUGCAACAACGUCAAAUAAACUUGAAAAAACAAUUCUUUUAAAAUAAAAUAUUAAACACC